GUCAGAUAAGGAAAUUUUCACUAUCCUUCGUCCAGACCGUAUUAUUGGAACAAUAUGUUUUUCAAAGUUGUUGUGUUGGCUGUAUGUGUGUACGUGUCGUCUGCUGGGAGUGUCAGACGACAGUUGACGGUCGGAGGGCAGUCGAGCGCCACGUGUGACAUCCUGUGCGAUGACGAGGCCCACGACACGGAAAUGGCCCUCUGUGGUAGCAACGGCGUCCUUUACCCUACCCGAUGCGAGUUCAAUAACGCGCAAUGCAAAGCUCAUCAGGCCGGGGACGCCAUCCACGUCGUGAGCUACGGUGCCUGCGUGGACGACAGCACGCCCUGCGCUGACGUCAUUAAUACCAGGUGCAUAUCAAACAAUGUGUACGGGGGAUACCCGAUCAACCAUGUAGGGGGUGGGGUCCAGAUUGACUCUGGGAUGAUUGUUGACCCGGGCUUUGGACACCCGUAUAUCAACACGAACAUGGACUCUGCGGAGAUGGUGUGCGGCUCAGACAAGCAGACAUACAACAAUAUGUGCCUGUUCCGGACGGCGCAGUGCCAGCUGACGGUCAAGUCCCCAUCGGCCACACCUCUAACGUUGGACCAUAUGGGCAAGUGUGCCGUGGACCUUACCAACGCUACCACAAUCGAUUGUAGCCAGUACAUGCCGUCAAGCAGCACUGGACUGGCUGUGGAGAGCGGUGCCCACGUGACGACUCACAUCACUUGCCCACGCAUGUACAACCCCGUGUGCUCCGUCGAAAGCCGCACGUUCUCGAGCGAGUGCUCGCUCUGCUCAUACAAGAUUACCCGAGGGGAAGUCACCACUGCUGACCCAACCGUUUCCGCGUUUAUGGGUAUUUGUCACCACUCAUACAUCCUGGGUUAGAACAGAACACGUUGUAAACACGGGUGUAUUAUAUGAGUGUUUAAUAAAACCAUACUUUACACUGUU